GUUAAGUAACAUCAGGGCCUGAAGAUGAGGCCUGAGUUUCCAUGGCUAUGGAAGGUAGUAGAAAGCAGACGUCUUCUAUGGCUUUUGGGACUCACUUUUGCUCUCAUCGUCACUUUUCAGUACAUAGAGCUUCCAAACACUAUCUCCUCCCUCUUCUCUUCCACCAAGAUUCCCUUUUCAAGAAACUCAACUUCACUUUCAAGACAAAGCCAGCAUCACAAUAAUAACUUGGCUCCAGCUAUGGCACCUAGCUUUCCACAAAAGAACGCUACUUCUGUGGAUGAUUCUGGUGGAGGAGAUGAUGAGGAAGUUGAGGUUGAUAAGAUAUUUGACAGCAGCGGAAACGCAACUGCUCCAACCGUUUCCCCUUCUCAUGUAAAAGAAAACGCAACCGCACCUGUGGCUAGUUCAGAGCCCCCUGCUGCUUUACCUUUAGUGAAAGGAAACGCAACCGCACCUGCAGUUAGUGCAAAGCCUCCUGCUGCUUUACCUACUCUAAACUCAUCUCCAGUAAUUGAAAACGUAACCGCACCUGUGGCUAGUGCUAAGCCCCCUGCUUCCUUACCUAGUUUGAACCGGUCUCCGGUUAAGGAAAACGCAACUAGCCAAGUACAUGAUCAAAACUCAACUAAAACAGCUGUUCCUGUUGUGAGAUUUGUUCCUGACGUGAAGGAGUACGUGAAAAGGCCUGAUUCAGGAGUGAUGUCAAUAUCAGAGAUGAGCAAGCAGCUGCGUCGAAACCGCAUUUCUCAUAACCGUCUAGCAAAGAAACCAAAAUGGGUUACUAAACCUGACAUGGAGCUUCUACAAGCAAAGUAUGAGAUUGAGAAUGCACCUAUAGAUGACAAAGACCCUCUCCUCUACGCUCCUCUUUACCGCAACGUCUCCAUGUUUAAACGGAGCUAUGAGUUGAUGGAGAAGAUGUUAAAGGUUUAUGUUUACAAAGAAGGAGAGAAACCUAUAAUGCACAGUCCAAUUCUCAGAGGGAUAUAUGCAUCAGAAGGCUGGUUCAUGAAACUUAUUGAAUCAAACAACAACAAGUUUGUCACAAAAGACGCUUCUAAAGCUCAUCUUUUCUAUCUACCCUUUAGUUCUCGGAUGCUAGAGGUGACUCUUUAUGUACAAGACUCUCAUAGUCACCGUAAUCUCAUUCAGUAUCUUAAAGACUACAUAGACUUCAUCUCCGUGAAGUACCCUUUCUGGAACCGAACUUCUGGUGCUGAUCAUUUCCUUGCAGCUUGCCAUGACUGGGCGCCUUCAGAGACACGGAAGCACUUCACAGAGAGUAUUAGGGCCUUAUGCAACUCUGAUGUUAAAGAAGGCUUUGUCUUUGGUAAGGACACAUCAUUACCAGAGACAUUCGUUAGAGAUCCCAAGAAACCCUUAAGCAACAUCGGUGGCAAAUCUGCGUCCCAAAGACCAACACUAGCCUUCUUUGCAGGGAAGCCUGACCACGGUUACCUUAGACCAAUCCUACUCUCUUACUGGGGAAACAACAAAGAUCCUGACCUGAAAAUAUUCGGGAAACUACCUCGGACUAAAGGAAACAAGAACUACCUUCAGUUCAUGAAGACAAGCAAGUACUGCAUCUGUGCCAAAGGGUUUGAAGUGAACAGUCCUAGAGUGGUGGAAGCUAUAUUCUAUGAUUGUGUUCCUGUUAUUAUAUCUGAUAACUUUGUGCCACCGUUUUUCGAGGUUUUGAACUGGGAGUCUUUUGCACUUUUUGUGGCGGAGAAAGAUAUACCUAACUUGAAGAAGAUUCUGAUGUCAGUGUCGGAACGUAGGUACAGGCAAAUGCAGAUGAGGGUUAAGAGAGUGCAGAAGCAUUUUCUGUGGCAUGUUAAGCCUGAGAAGUAUGAUAUGUUUCAUAUGAUUCUUCAUUCGGUUUGGUUUAACCGGGUUUUUCAGAUUUCUGUUUAGUUUAGUUAUGUGUCUCAAACAAUUCAUUGUACAUUUCUUUUUUACAUAUAUAAAUUUCAGUUUACAAAAAACAAGUGGUCUGAUUUGUAGAACAUGUUUUUGUGUGUGUUUACAUGUACAUGUUGAGUAGAUUGAACCGGUCGGUAUGAAUAGUUAAU